GUCUAUUGUUUCGUCAACUUGGGUGUGCUACAUGUACAAGUAGUUGGUCAGUCAAAAAGUUAAUUCCGAAUUCAAAAAAAGAAACAAAUUCUUUCAAUUUAUUUUUGAAACUUUUGGCACAGUUUUUCUUAAAUGGAUCACCGAAGUACAUAAUAGAUCAUGCAAUAGUUUAAGAUUGGAUUACUAUACAAAAAGUCACAUAACAUGUGGAUUAAACAAGCCUGACAAAACAUUCCCAGAACAGAACUUUCUCACGGAAUAAUGUGAAUUGUAUUUGAAUGUCGAAGAAGUUGAAAAGUGGUUUUGAACAUGGCUUUAUCUAUGGGAACUUUAGAAUAUAGACAGUUUAUGCAAUAUGACAGGCUUGUUUUCUUUGUUGAAACUGAUGAUGAAUAUAAUUUUGAAGACGGGAGUUCUACGUCCACUUAUAUACCAGAAAAUGCCACUGAUGACACAGACCCGAAUCAAACUUGCACCGACUCAAUAAAUGACUCGUCAUCAGGAUUUGCCUCUGAUGCAGCGAGUCAUACAUACUCAAAGACUAGCAUGUCGACCUUCAAAGGAAGCUGCUCUGACAGCAGCGAAUCUGGACGGGUAUCGUGUAGAGAACCAUUGUGGUCAGGGACAAAGACUCCUACACACAGAGAACCUAACCAUUAUAAUCCACGUGACCUAAAUAUGCAAUACAGAAUGUCUACACCGUCACCAAUGUCUCAUAAAUCAUCUUCGUCCGUGAAAACAACAUCAUCUAACCGUUCGUCCUCAAAAUCAUCCCACAUUUCAUCACACAAACUUCCAACCGCGCCACCUGUGAUAAGUUAUAAAAAUCCUGCAUAUGAAUAUCAGUUAGAUAAACAUAUUGAAGAAAUUCAGUAUAAUAUUAAACGAAUUGAGCUUCAAGACGGCCAACAGUACAUUUCAUCAAAGCCGAAAUCACGUCACCAUAAACCGUCUCUUUUCGACUUAGUGACAGAUGACGUCAUUGUGAACAUAUUUUCAAACUUGCCAACCGAUCAGUUGUGUCGCUGUUCUCGAGUGUGUAACCGAUGGUAUCGGUUGUCAUGGGAUCCGUUACUAUGGAAACGCAUUGUUAUAAAUAGUGAGAAGAUAAACGUUGAUAAAGCAUUGAAAUAUUUGACAAAAAGACUAAGUUACAAUACUCCCACAGUGUGUGUGAUUGUGGAAAGAAUUAUAUUGACUGGUUGUGAAAAGCUAACUAAUAAAGGAUUACAUACGAUAGCGAAACGCUGCCCAGAGUUACGGCACUUGGAAAUACAGGGAUGUGCCAAUAUUACUAAUGAUUCCCUCUUUGAAAUUGCAUCUUAUUGUGUAAACCUGGAAUAUUUAGAUACUACUGGAUGCCCUUGUGUUACAAGUGUUAGUCUUACCACUCAAGUAUUAGAACAGGCCACAGCACACCAUCUUCGACAAAUCUACCUCCGCUUUUUGGACAUGACAGAUUGUUACGCGCUGGAGGACGAAGGACUACAAACACUUACUCUUCAUUGUACUCAAUUACAACACUUGUAUCUUAGACGAUGUGUGCGUAUAGGUGACGCUGGCGUUCAAGCCAUAGGUAUUAACUGUCCGUAUAUCAAGGAACUUAGCAUUAGUGACUGUAGAAAAGUAACCGACUACGGAGUGUGUGCACUCUCGAAAAUAGGAGACAAUUUAAGAUAUUUAAGUGUAGCAAAGUGUGAUAAAGUUUCUGACGUAGGUGUAAUACAAUUGGCUAAAAAUUGCCGGAAGUUACGUUAUCUAAAUGUAAGAGGAUGUGAAGCUGUCUCAGACGACGCCAUGGAUGUUUUAGCACGAAACUGCACGAAACUCAAGUCUUUAGAUAUUGGAAAAUGUGAUGUAACGGAUGAAGGUUUACAGGUCCUUUCACAUAAUUGUUCUCAACUAAAGAAACUAAGUCUUAAGUCUUGUGAUGCAAUUACAGACGACGGUGUAAAAUGUAUAGCCAAGAAAUGCCGCCAUCUUGAACAACUCAAUAUUCAGGACUGCCAUCUGACAGUAGACGCUUACCGAGCUGUAAAACGUUACUGUAAAAAAUGCUUUAUUGAACAUACAAAUCCUGGUUUUUAUUAGCAAUAUAUAAUGACUUGUAUGAUUGAAUAAGGGAAUGGCCUAUCUCUCUUCACAUUCUUUUUAUUCUACUGAUUCUUCCGGCUACAUAAAUAUAUAUUUAAAACGUAACUUCUUCUUUUCUGCUCAUAAACUGUUUAAUAUUAGCAGACAUAUAAGGUUUCCGCAUUUCCCUCACUUAUUUAUGUAAUAUGUGAAGUCCAAUCAGAAAUUCAAAGUGAUCUUAAACAUAGUGCAAGUGAAGUAAUUUAAAAUGACACAAUCCUCUCGAUACGUCUUGUUCGCAUUUUGGCAAGUACGACUUUUCGUCUAUUUUACACUCUAUUUUAAUCUUUUUGGUAGGUUUUAACAUGUUUCUGACAUUAACAAUGAUUCUGUUUCAGUCUACUAGUAUAUCCUCAAAGAAUUGCGGAUGACUAAAUGAUAUUCUGAAUGUAAAUUCCACCAAAUUUCAUAGUGUUGAAUUUUGAAAAAUAAAAUCCCCCCUAUUCUUAAGUUAAAUUAUGGCUCUCUAACAGUAAAUUAUAAAGCGAAAACAAAGAUCGUUCAGAACAUCAGAGAGAUUUGAGCAUUCCCAAAUGUCCCGGUAAGCAUAUAUUCCAUUUUUAUGUAUAUUUUAUCAUGUAUAAUCUACAAGAAUCAUUAUAUAUUAUUAUUAUUAAGUUCUUGUGUUGAUUGUUUUUGUUUUACUAAGUUAUGUUUGUUACAACAGUGCUGGAAAAUAAAAUAUUAA